AUGUAACUAUAAUCUGUACUUGAUCGGGGCCGGUUGCUUCUUAAAUUAUAGAUUAAAUUUUUUACUUGUGUCUAUGAUGUUAAAUAUUUUAUAGAUUAACUUUAAUUUCUAAGAUUUUUGUGUUAAAAUUGAGUUUCUAUUAGUUUCAUAAAAAAUGACGUUGUAUCAUUUUGGUAACUGUGUCACUUUAUUAUACGUGCCACACUAUUUAACGUACAAAUACGCAAAUCUAUCUGAGUAUGGAGCAUUUUGGAAGUGCAUACAAGGAGGUAUUAUCUAUACAUUUACCCAACUGUGCAAGAUGUUGAUUUUAGCAACGUUUUUUCCGGCUAAUGAGGCGUCUAUAACCACAUUGAGUUUAACGAAUUUCCUCAAAAGCUCCGUUGAUUUAGCAGAUAUUGCUGGAAUCUAUGUUAUAUUGCAAAGCAUACCUGGCAAAGGGCAUGCUAAAGUAAUGACAGCAGGUAUUGGCUGGGCGGGUGCUGAAAUAUUAUUGACCCGAUUUCUGCUCUUAUGGGUGGGUGCAAGAGGCACUGAAUUUGAUUGGAAGUACACACAAAAAUGUCUGGAAUCUAAUAUAAAUUUGAUGCAUCAUAUAAUGACUGCUGCAUUAGUUUGGUUAUGGUCCAGACACGAUUUAUCCAAAUUACAAUCAAAAUUUUCACCAUUUGCUGCGGUUAGCAUUCUUCUAUUGCUGUCUGUUUACCGUUCAGUGGUUAUAGACACUCUUGCUGCUUGGCUUUUAAUUGAUCCCUGGUCAAUAAUCGCUAUCAAAGGAGUUUACACAAUUGUUUUAGGUUUAAUCAUGCUAAAAUAUUAUACUAGACUUUCGACAUUAAUUGGAAUGUAUUAAAACAAAACAAACAAAAAUAAUUAUAUAAAUAUUCAAAAUAAAAAUAUACACAAACUUUAACUGUA